ACUAACCAGGAACACCAAAAGCCUUCCAUCUCCCACGCGUGCCUAGAUAUCACAAGCCGCGGAGCCAUGGGACAGGGAACCCCCGGUGGACUGCACAAGCAUGGCCUCCCCGGCGAUCGGAAGCACGACGGCGACAAGAAGGACAAGAAGUUCGAGCCGGCGGCGCCGCCGUCGCGUGUCGGACGCAAGCAGCGGAGGCAGAAGGGCCCUGAGGCCGCUGCGCGACUACCGACUGUGACGCCACUGACGAAGUGCAAGCUCCGACUCCUCAAGCUGGAUCGAAUCAAGGACUAUCUCCUGAUGGAGGAGGAGUUUGUUAGUAACCAGGAGCGCCUAAAGCCACACGAGGACAAGAAUGAAGAGGAUCGAUCAAAGGUCGACGACCUUCGCGGAUCUCCUAUGAGCGUUGGGAAUCUUGAAGAGCUUAUUGACGAGAACCAUGCCAUAGUCUCCUCUUCGGUUGGACCCGAGUACUACGUGAGCAUUCUGUCGUUCGUGGACAAGGAUCAGCUGGAGCCGGGGUGCGCGAUUCUUAUGCACAACAAGGUUCUAUCUGUUGUUGGGCUCCUCCAGGAUGAAGUUGAUCCUAUGGUUUCUGUGAUGAAAGUAGAAAAAGCUCCAUUGGAGUCUUAUGCUGAUAUUGGUGGCCUUGAUGCUCAAAUUCAAGAAAUUAAAGAAGCAGUUGAACUUCCUCUAACCCACCCUGAGCUAUAUGAAGACAUUGGCAUCAAGCCACCCAAGGGAGUCAUACUCUAUGGAGAACCCGGUACCGGGAAAACUUUACUUGCCAAAGCUGUGGCUAAUUCAACUUCUGCAACAUUCUUGCGUGUUGUUGGAAGUGAAUUAAUUCAGAAGUACUUGGGCGAUGGCCCAAAAUUAGUGAGGGAACUCUUUAGAGUAGCUGAUGAUCUUUCUCCAUCAAUAGUGUUUAUUGAUGAGAUAGAUGCAGUUGGAACUAAAAGAUAUGAUGCUCAUUCUGGAGGAGAACGAGAGAUACAACGUACAAUGUUGGAAUUGCUGAAUCAAUUAGAUGGCUUUGACUCAAGGGGUGAUGUUAAAGUAAUUCUUGCCACAAACAGAAUUGAAAGUCUGGAUCCAGCCUUGCUUCGGCCUGGACGCAUUGAUAGAAAGAUCGAGUUUCCUCUUCCUGAUAUCAAGACACGGCGGCGUAUAUUUCAGAUACAUACUUCCAGGAUGACACUAGCUGAUGAUGUAAAUUUGGAAGAAUUCGUGAUGACAAAGGAUGAAUUUUCUGGAGCUGAUAUAAAAGCCAUAUGCACGGAAGCUGGUUUGCUUGCUUUGCGGGAGCGGAGAAUGAAGGUAACUCAUGCAGACUUUAAGAAGGCAAAGGAGAAAGUGAUGUUUAAGAAGAAGGAGGGCGUGCCGGAGGGGCUCUAUAUGUGAUAAUACUGUGUUUUGCUUUGGAAUGACCUCCACACUAAUGAGCAGGAUUCCAGUAAUCAACAUGCUAGUUCAAAACAGGUUUUAGGCUAAAAUGGCAUGUGCUUUCCAGCAAAACGUUACUUACAUUAUACAUUGCCUUCUGUGCUAUUAUUUGAACAUCAAGUUUCAUAAUUUCUAUUUGUUCUGGUUAUACUUUUGGUUAAGAACAAAUACAAAUUGCCCAUGUAACACCAUAGAAUCAUUUC